AUGGACCACUGCACCCGUAUGCUUUCAAAAGGAAAUCUACCUGCCAAUGGGGUACAGUAUGAGGACACCAUGCCUGAUGGUAAAAACACUCAUUUUGUUAUUUAUACCUUCCUUAAAGCCUAUCUAGGAAGACACAUUCAGAAGGGAAAUCAAAAUCCCGUACUCUCAUUGUUGUUAAAGCCCCGGGAGGUAUCUUCUAUUAGGGGACGGGGUGCAGCACACUUGGUUGCAGAAUUCCCUAAUGAAAAUUUACCGGACAUAACCGAUAAUGAACUAAGUCAAGAGGAAGAUUCAGAUUGGGAGUAA